AUGGCGGAUGAAGACGCUGUGUUGCAAUUUAAGUGCUAUCGAGAGAAGAGAAGGAUACUUUGUAUCAUAAAAAAAAUAUUUUUUUCAGAAUAUGAUUUACUCGUGAUACCAAUACCUAAAGUGAAAAGCCCAAAGCGGACCGAGUACCUUCGAAUACCGCUAUUAUCUAACAAAAGAAUAGCCAGAAAGGAUAAUUUAUAUAAAAUAGAUAUAGAACAUUACGAUGAACCAACAGAAGUUCCCAAUAUCGAUAAUUUCGAUUAUAAUAAAGAUAGAGAAAUGCUAGAUCGAUACGAAGUAUCUCAGCGUUUAGAUAAUGAUAUAGUUAAUUUGUAUGGGGAAGACAAGAUUGUGGGAGGUUUUGAAGUUGAUAUAAGUUUGUAUCCAUAUCAUGUGGCGUAUGGGACCAAUUGUGGUGGAGCCAUUAUAGAUAGACGAUGGGUUAUAACUGCUGGUCAUUGUGGCAAAAAAACAUACAUAAGAGUUGGAUCAAAAUACCUUAACCAAGGAAGGAAGGUAGGGAUCAAAAAUAACUACAUCCAUCCAAUGUGGACAGCGAAGUCUAAAGAACAUCCCUUCGACUUCGACUUUCAACUGCUGGAGCUGUCGGAACCUUUGAAAUUUGACGACCAUGUCCAACCAAUCAAGCUUGCCCAUAUAGAAGAUAUGGUUAUUGGGAAAGUCAUAACUGUCACUGGUUGGGGUAAUACGGAGGAAAAUGGUCCAUAUUCCAACGUGCUGCGAGCAGUUCGGGUACCAAUAAUUUCCAAAGAGAAUUGCCAACACGUACCAUUCCCUUACUUCCGAGGCUCUCUAACUGCUAGAAUGUUCUGUGCCGGGUUCUCUGAAGGAAAGAAGGACGCUUGUCAGGGUGAUUCAGGUGGACCAGCAGUGAACCAGGACAAGUUGCUUGGUAUGGUGUCCUUCGGCUAUGGCUGCGCCACGCCCGGCUCUUUUGGCGUCUACAGCAAAGUCGCUAAAGUACGGCCCUGGAUAAAAGAGAUAACUCACUUACAUUUCGAUUAA